AUGGCAUCUCCCGCCGCCGACGCGGCCGCGCAGCGCAUGGCUCCGUACACCAUGGCGCGCCAAACCUGCACCGAGCUGUUGGCCAAGAGCAGCGCAGAGUGGACAGACCUGCCCUGCCGAGUCGACGUGGAUGCGGCGGUGCGCUUCGCGCGGGAGCUGGACAUUCCGAAGGUCAAGGCCUUCGGCGCGUCGCUGGCCUCGGACGCCAACUUCACCGGCACCACGUGCCAGUUCGCCACGGUGGACGCCGAAGCCGGCUUCAUCCUUCUCUUGCACGCUUUGGACUUCGGGUCUGGGUGGCGACAAGAGCUGCACCGGCACCAUGGGAAGGGCGCUUAUCUGACCAUCAAGCCGGGAGUCGAAGCCCUCUAUGCCAAGGCACUGGACGAGGCCGGCGGCUUCAGCGCGGAGUGGCUUCGCAGCUGCACCAAGGCCGAUGUGGCCAGGACGUUUGCCUUGGAGGACAACGCGGAGGUGGAGGACCUGCUGGACUUGCUCUUGCAAGUCAUCCAUGAGCUGGGGCGGGGCUGCACCAGAGAAGGCUCCCUGGAAGCCUUUGUGGCGCGGGCCUUGGAGGCCUCGGCUGGCGCGCCUCAGCCUGCGGCCGAGUUGGUGUGGGCGCUGGUGGACUCCUUCCCCGAGACCUUUGACGAUCGCUACACCCUCCGCGCCGUGCAGCCUGUGUGCUUCUUCAAAAAGUCCCAGCUGGUCGUCGGCGAGCUCUAUCACCGCUUUCGCGAGGAAGACUCCCGCUUCCGGUUUGCCGAUGGCGACGACCUCACGGCCUACGUGGACAACGUGAUCUGCGCGACUCUCCGGUACAAGGGCGUCGUGGUACCGAACGCCGACAUGACGAAGAUGAUCGAAGCCGGCGAGGCCCUGCAAAAGGGCUCGGAGCAGGAGGUCUGCUUUCGCGCAGCUGCCUUGUGUGGCGUGGAAGCCGUGACGGCCGCGACCGGCCAUGCCCUGACAUCCUCCGAGCUGGGCAACUACCUUUGGGCAGGUCUUGGCAAAGAGCCGGCCAUCCGAAAGUAUCAGCGCCAUGCGACCAAGACAGUGUUUUACUGA